UGUGGUUCGACCUUCUACAGUCGGUAAGAGGGAUAUGUUAGACAUUGUCCGUUGUAAAUCCUUUUUCAUCCUUCUUUAAAACAACACCUAGCACAACACAAAAAGACCCGGCUUCAAUCAAAUUUGACCGACCAGGUUAAAACAGACUAAAUUGAUCAUGUACGCCUGUGCAAAGUUCGUCUCCACGCCGGCUUUGGUCCGUGCUGGCUCCCGGGCUCUUUACAGACCCCUGUCUGCCUCUAUGCUGUCCAGGCCUGAGGUCAAUACAGAGAGAAACGUAGCCCUCAUGCCACAGAGCCCCUUCACCCAAGUAGCUCUCAGAGGCUUCCAGACCAGUGCUGUGAGCAGGGACAUUGAUACCGCUGCCAAAUUCAUUGGUGCUGGAGCCGCCACAGUCGGAGUGGCUGGAUCUGGUGCUGGAAUUGGAACAGUGUUCGGCAGUCUCAUCAUUGGAUAUGCCAGGAACCCAUCAUUGAAGCAGCAGCUCUUCUCCUACGCUAUCCUGGGAUUCGCCCUGUCUGAAGCUAUGGGCCUAUUCUGUUUGAUGGUUGCUUUCUUAAUCUUGUUUGCUAUGUAAAAAAAAAUCUGCCUAUAGAAACUGUAUUACAGAUGUGACUACAUAUUUUAUUGUGGCUACCAAAAUUGUUCUGUGUUGGUGUCAUGGAAAUGUACAUUUUCAAGUCUGUCUGACACUCUCAAAAUAACAAACAUGUAUUGUAAAAAAUGUAAGAAAUUACAUAAUUAAAAUGCAUGUAUUUGACUAGUUGA